AUGUACAUUGGUAAUCUUUCUUUCUACACCGUCCCAGAGACGCUGCAGGAGCUGUUUGAAGAAUUCGGCACCGUGAUCGAUUGCUACAUGCCGGAAGACCCGGAAACCGGCAGCGCUCGGGGUUUCGGAUUCGUUACCAUGGACAAGGAAGCCGCGCAACGUGCGAUCGAGGAAAUUGAUGGCUGCGAGCUGGACGGACGCAUCAUCCGAGUCAAUGAAGCACAGCCCAAGGGCAGCCGACCCGCACGUCGU